GGAGCCUUUAGGCUGAACGUGUGCCUAUCGUCGUUAAAUUAGCGGGACGGAAAAAAAUAGAGGGGAGGAGAGAAGGUAGAAGCUGAGGGUGUCGGGGGUUCACCGAGAGAGAGAAAAAAAAGUGCAAAAUGGACGGUAGGGGAGGUUGCUGCAUAGCGAGGUACGGUGGGGGUGCAUAUGAUAUGUCGAAAGUUGAUCGAAUAAUGAUGAGAUUCCGGCCGAUUGCUCCCAAACCGGCCAACGUCGGUUCAGUCUCAUGUGGAUCAUCGCCGGAGAUGAGUGAGGCUGGUUCCAGAUCUGGCAGAGGGAGGAGAAGGUUUACCUCCGCAAACGGGAGUAAUAGUAAGAGGUGUAACAAUGGGAGCAAUAAUAGAAAAAGAAAAGGUUUGAGCGAGGAGAACGUGGAUGCGGUGGUGACUCUUCCUCUCCUACCGGAGACUCCUGACUGUAAGGACAGUCCCGGAAGAGAAACACCGGUGCAGCUGCUUUCACCAAAGCAAGCAAAGAGCGUUCCCACCUGGCUUAGCUUUGGUACCAAUGGGAAGGAUCAUGACCGGAUGGUGAUAUCCGGAGGUUUUGGCAUGUCAGAUUAUCAGACGGUUGUGACGCCACAUGUGAUGAGGGUGGUUGUUGGGUCAUGUGUAACUGUAGAAUGUAUUACGGACGCGUGGGUGGAUGCUGAUGGGCUGGGGUGUACGGACGAUGAGAGGAGGACGAAUCUGGAGAGGGACACGUGUCCCGGUAUGAUAUCUGAUGGUUUUGGGAGGGUAACAUGGACGAACGAGGCAUACAGGAAGAUGGUGGGAGGAGGAGAAGGCGGAAGGGGAGAAGUGGUAGUGUGGCUGGUGAUGAAGGAUAAAGCGCCGGUGACAGCGGCGCUAGGGAGCAAGCGAGCGUUCACGUGCAGGGUGAGGGUGCAAAACCACAAGGCUUGUGGAAAUGGGAAGGAGAGAAGCUCUAUCACAGUACCAUGUGACGUGUGGAGAAUGGAGGGUGGUGGCUUUGCAUGGAGAUUAGACGUGAAGGCUGCUCUUUCUUUGGGCCGGUAAUAAUAAUAAGGGAAGAGAGGCGGCGGUUUCGUGGCCAUCUGUCUAUGCAGGUCACGGUAUGAUGGGUUUGGUUAUGCAUAUAUAUUAGCUUAUUAAUCUGAUAACAUAUCCUUAACCCCGACAUUGUGAAUAUUAAGCUUUGCUUUUGAACUCUUCACUGUUGUUCAUUGACGUUCCUCGCGCUCUCUCUGUCUCUGUCUGUGUCUCUGUCUCUAUGUGCGGUUGUGGGGUGUGACGUUCAGUGAUUUAUAAUUUGUUAAAAGAUUAUAAAAGCAAGUACGGUGAAGUAAUGAUAUAAAGUUAAAUGGUUACUUUUAUUAGUGUUUUGUUCUUAAAUUAGUUAAGAGGAUGGAUUGAAGAGAGAAAGAGAGGGGCAGAAAGACUUGAAGUUAAAAUGGGAGGGGAUUGAUGGAGUAUGGAGAGGUGGAGGGGACCAAACAGGGUUCCUCGUGUCUCUUAGAAUUUACACCUCUGUGAGGAGCAUGUAUGUGGUGUUAUUUGUGGUUGGAGACAAAUGGGGGACAUGUGUGGGCACAGGUGGAGAGAGGCGUACAUUGAUGACGAGUUGAUAUUCUUCCACUUUGUGUUUGGUAUUAUUGUCCUGGCUGUGAUAGUAAAUAUCCUUGUUUAGCAGCUUUUGCAUGCAGCAGCCCGAGUCCUGAUCCCUGUGUCACAGCUGCUUUAAGAAGAUGAUUGCCAGGUGGAAGCCUCAUUAAGAAACUCUGCUUACUAUUGCUUUCCUGAUUCGCUCGAUUGAAAGUUAAAUGUAUGCCUAGGAGGCUGUCCUUCCAUGUUUUAGCAUUCUGGACCUUGUUUAUGGGAUAAUAUGUGCAUUAUCUUUUGUUCAUAUAUAAUUAUAAAUGGCAUACAACUGUUCCAAUUACCUCA